AUGAACUUAUCUAGUCUUCUUUCCAAGGAGAUUUCUAAAAAAAGAAAGAGUAAGUUAAAAAAGGAGAAAUCCAAGAAACAGAAGAUACAAGAAGAAAUAGCAGUCCCUGAUACCCCAGAUAAUGUGGUGGAGAAUGUGGAAGAACCAUUGACUCCAAAACAACUACAAAUUCUGAAUCUAUCAGACAAAGAAAUCGAAAAUCGUCUUAAAGAAUAUAAUGCCUUUGACUCUGAGUCAAAUAGAAUCGAGAAAGUCAAAAAGCUUUGGUAUCUCGAUAAACAGAAGGACAAGGAGGAAAGGUAUAAGAUUCAAAGAGAUAAAGAAUCUAAAGUUGACAAGUUGUUCAGAUUAGAUGAAAUCACCAAUUUGAAAUACAAAUCAAAACUACUAAUCCAAUUGAGAGUCUAUAUCAAGUUUCUCGUAAACAGUUGGGACCAAUAUGUGCAAGAUCCCACCGUCGAAGAUGAAUCUAAUCAAAGGGAAUUAUUAGACACCACAAAAAUAGAAUUGGUGGUUUUACUUUAUAACCUAAGAUCAGAUAAACUCAACGAUGAUAUGGUGACAUCAUUAAGCACCAUAGUUUAUUACUUACAAUCGAAAGAAUAUUUGAAAGCCAAUGAAAGCUAUAUCAAGUUAAGUAUAGGUAACGUAGCAUGGCCAAUUGGGGUUAGUGGGUAUAACAUUCACGAAAGAAGUGCUGAUUCUAAGAUUACUGGGGAAUCAAAUACUGCCAAUAUAAUGAUUGAUGAACCCACCAGAAAAUGGAUGACAGCUAUCAAAAGACUUAUCACAUUUCAUGAACAGCAUCCUGAUAUAUCAACCAUCGAUUCUUCAUAG